AUGGCGUUCCAAAUAAGCGAUCUUAAUGAUGCAGUGAUGAAACAGUUGAAGUCGAUGAAAAACGACGACCGUUUGAUAAUUCUGAAUAUUUCCAACAAUGGGACCUUAAAUGUCCAAGAUCUUCCCAUUUAUCGUUCGAACACACAUAUAAUAGUUUUUGUCAACCCGACCGACCAAGACAUAUCGAUUGUUGACCAAAAUCCACAAGAAACACCAAAGCACAUUUCUCGUGUUAGAAAACAGGUGGAGCAUUUUUCAAGUUUAUCGUCAAUAACAGAAGAAAAGAAAAAGAGUUCUGUCGUCCCAAAACAGAUGCACCGGGUCUCUGUUCGAAAACUUGACUCACAACAAAUCCCACACCCAGAAGUGGCAGAUCACUUCAUUCAAAGUACUUUAUUAGCAUUAGAAAAGGCCGUAAAUAAGUCAUUUAGACCAGUGAUGGAGACUAAAGAUGGAUAUAAUCCACAAGUUUUGUAUGACAAAAUCGAGAAGAAACAAGCACUCUUUAUGUUCAAAUAUGCUGAAAAUAAGAUCAUCGGUUCUUUCCAUGAGAAAGUCCCCCAAUUCAAAAAGUUCACAUCAGACGCCAAUCACUUCACUUUUGUCGCCACAGACACCGACAUCAAACUCUUCAAAAUUAAUAAAAAAGUGCCAACCCUCAAAAUUGGGACCAAGGACUUUGUCGACACUAAUUGCGCUUACCAAGUCGACACAGACGGUAAAUUGUCGGUCAAUGCCUGUAUGGAUAGGUAUUACGCUGACAUGGUAAUUACUCCCCCCGAGAUCGUUGGGUCGGUUUAUCCUUCCAAAGUCGACAUCUUAUCUUAUGCCGCGUUUGUGUGUGAUUAA